GCUAGUCAUCCAUCGAACGUUCUAGAGAGCGCACAGCUUCUGCUUCUCUCAUUCGCGCCGUCGAAUACGUAAAAACUUUUCAGUGUCGGAUAAUAAUGUUCUUAUCACUCGUUUGAAUCGAAAAACUUAACAUGGGUUUAAUGUUAAAAACCGUGUUACUUUUCAUGAUGUUUUUCCACGCAUCUUCAGUGCUAUCAGUGAACGAGAAUUUCUUGAAGAUGUUCGAGGGUCAAACUCCGGCUGACCCUUGUUAUGAUGAAGACCGGCCUCGCAGGUGCAUUCCAGAUUUCGUAAACGCAGCUUUCGGGAUACCUGUUAAAGCGUCUUCUACUUGCGGGAUUACCUCACCUGUGCAUUAUUGUGAAGCUCCUGAACCAGGCGCGAAUCCUCAAUGCCACGUUUGUGAUGAUAAACAAGCUAAAAGUAGAUUCCCAGCUAUGUAUUUAACUGAUUUGAAUAAUCCUAAUAACGUUACUUGUUGGAGAUCUGAACCUGUACCUCCGGUCACCUCAAUUAACGCUCCUCCUGAUAAUGUAACUCUAACUCUAAGUCUAGGUAAAAAAUACGAAUUAACUUACGUGAGCCUACAGUUUUGUCCAAAUACUCCAAAACCAGAUUCAAUAGCUAUAUAUAAAAGCAUGGAUUACGGAAAAACCUGGCAGCCCUUUCAAUUUUACUCAUCGCAGUGUAGAAGGGUCUACGGUAGACCAAACAGAGCUACUAUCACGAAAACAAAUGAACAAGAAGCUAGAUGCACUGACGCUCAUAGAUACACCGGUGGUGAUAUGCUCAAUUUUGGACAAACAUCCAGGAUAGCUUUCAGUACUCUAGAAGGUAGACCUAGUGCUUCAGAUUUCGAUAACAGCCCGGUAUUACAAGACUGGGUAACCGCUACCGAUAUCAAAGUAGUUUUCAACCGUCUCCACAUGCCUGUAGAAGAUUCAUCGGAUAAUUUAGACAUUCUGGUAGAUGAGCGUAUGUUGCAUAAACAUCUAGAUGAGCAUGAUGACCUUAAAGAACCUACAGUUCAAUUAGUGAACGAAAUGCAAGCAGAGGAUAAUGAAGAGGAGGUUGUAAAUACCAAAGUAUCUAUUGGUGUUGCACCAGAAUUGGGAUCUAACGGUAUUAUCAGUGGUUACCAUCAAGUGACGCAUCAAUAUGCUGUAUCGGAUUUUGCUGUUGGUGGUAGAUGUAAGUGUAACGGACAUGCAAGUCGGUGUAUUGCUGGUAGAGAUGGGCAAUUGGCUUGCGAAUGUAAACAUAAUACAGCUGGUAGAGAUUGCGAACGAUGUAAGCCGUUUCAUUUUGAUCGGCCCUGGGGCAGAGCUACUACUAGAGACGCCAAUGAGUGUAAAGAACUGGACAUCCAAGUAUCCCAUCACAAUUAGAGAUAAAUCUUUGACACACUUGAAAGUCAUGUCUACUAAACGGAAUAAAUGAAGACACAUGUUGUAGACAAGAUACACCUGAAGUCUCUUCUGACUGCGAUUAUUUAUUUUCUAAAAAUAUAAAAUUCCCGUGCCAUCGGGACAAUCUACACCAAAUGUUUGUUUUGUGGAAGACGGGACGAGAGGACCGG